AUGUGCUCCCCUCCUGCUUCACCUCUCUAUUUCAGCCAAUCUAUUCUUUGCAGUCAAGUACUCCGAGAUAGUCAGUCAAUCUAUUCAAGACAUAAACUUCCAUAAAAGUUGCUAUCUUAUCUCGCGUCAUCGAUUCAAGAAACCAGGUCAGCCCUGGCAUUCCUCUCGGCCCCGCAUCUCCUGCUACUGGCCAGGACGCGGACGACCACCACCAUAGCCCCAGCCUCUAAAUCGGCUGUACUUGAAUGAUCAGGCAUCUCAGCGCACAGCCGUCGUCUGACUGGUCUUGAUACUUGCCACCUACUGCAGUCCAUCUGUCUGCCUCAAAUCGUCUCGUCAGCAGAUCACCUCAGCCGCAAUGGCUCCCCAGCAAGACGGUUGGGAAAAAGAAGGACGAGGCCCACCGCCAUGGGUUACCCAGGACGACUUUGAUGUGACAAUUGUCACAACGAUAAGUUCAUAUUCAGAAGCGUCCGCAGAACAAAGUGAGCCUACAUCCAUGGCUUUUCAGACGCAGUCUCUCGACGAAGAGGAUGAUACUCAGACAAGACGUCGUCCCAGCACACGGCCUGAUGGAUACCCUUCAACGCUACCUUGGCCUCCAUACGGAUAUGGAGGUCACACUGCCACGACGAACCCUUGGGAAAUGUCUAUAUCGAAGACAGCAGCCCUUACAGAAACCCCGUACCCCGAGUUGGAGUCGACUCUAUUAUUGUCAAUUACCAAUGUUUUUCCAACGACAACUGGAGCACCAUCGUCGACCAUUGGCUCAUAUGGCGGUCGGCCCUCUGGAUGGGAGUGGUCUCACGAGGGUACCAAUAAGGCGCCAGUGUAUGCUGCAGCUGCUAUAGUGCCCGUCAUAAUCCUUGUGAUGAUUGGGGCAGUAGCUCUGGUGUGUCUGCGUAGGCGCAAGAAGCGCAGGGCAGAAGCUGCUGCGCAGGAAAUGAAGUUGGAGCCAGACUCGCCCACGAUUCGUCCUCACAUGGCACCAUUACCUGCGCCGAUGCCAGCAGUGGCUGUAUCACAACAUUACACUGCGCCUCCAAACCAUCUCCCGCCGACAUCGACAUGGAACCAGCCCCAGCCCAUAAUCAUAGGCCCCAUCAUAUCCUCUUCCAACGGCGCCUACCUCACCGGCAUGGAUACUUCGGACAUGGUCUCCAUCACCUCCAACACACGCAUGUCUGUCGACCCCUUUUCUGACAGCUACAGCUUGUCAGGUCCACCACCACCCUACCGACCCAGUAGUGUGCCUCCACCGAGCUUCACGAGCAAUUCUCGACACAGCAGUGUUCGCAUGCCUGUUAGCCCUGUGUGCUUGGCGCGCUCGCCGUUUGACGAUCCAGAGGAUGGCAUGUCGUUUAUGGAGGAUGGAGAGAUUCAGGGUGAGCGUUAUGUUAGGGCGUAUACUACACGGUGAUGAUAAGGGGGUAUAUGUUUGAGUGUUCUUUUAUGUAUAUAUCUAUAUCGUUCUUUCUGUCUGGGGUUUAUCGGUUUUUCCUUAUGGAAUGAGUUUCCUAAGAUUUGGUUGGCAUGUGUAUGGGUAGUUGGUACUGAUUUUCUGCAUAUUUAGCGAAAACAACUCAAUGAUUUAUUCAUAUGAUGUUAUUCAUUC